CAAGCUCCCAUCAGGUGCCAAGAAGAUUGUUCCGAGUGGCUGCCGAGCCAUGAUUGGGCAGGUUGCAGGGGGUGGUAGAACUGAGAAACCUCUACUUAAGGCUGGCAAUGCUUACCAUAAGUGUAGAGUGAAGAGGAACUGCUGGCCUAAGGUGCGUGGUGUGGCUAUGAACCCCGUGGAGCAUCCUCAUGGAGGUGGUAACCAUCAACACAUUGGUCAUGCUAGUACGGUUAGGCGUGAUGCACAUCCCGGACAGAAGGUUGGUCUUAUUGCUGCAAGGAGGACUGGUAGGCUCAGAGGACAAGCGGCCGCUACUGCCGCCAAGGCCGAUAAGGCUUAAGCCUCGUGGCAUUUUACUUAUGUUUGUUUUUUGGCAUUUAUUACAUUCAA